AUGCUUCUCGAUACAGUCGACAUACAGCAGCAGCAGCAGCAACAGCAGCAGCAGCAGCUUCAUGUCCUGUUCAUCGACUCUUAUGACUCGUUUACUUACAAUGUGGUGAGACUGAUUGAACAGCAGACCAACAUCUCACCGGAAGUCAACGCCGUGCAUGUGACUACAAUCCAUAGUGAUACGUUCCAAUCCAUAGACCAACUAUUGCCACUACUUGCCCUGUUCGAUGCUAUUGUGGUUGGCCCAGGACCUGGGAAUCCGAACAAUGGGGCCCAAGACAUGGGCGUGAUAUCUGAACUCUUCGAAAAUGCGAAUGAAUAUUUGAAUACGAUUCCGAUAUUGGGUAUAUGUCUUGGGUUUCAAGCAAUGUGUUUGGCCCAGGGUGCUACUGUCAGUGAAUUGGACACUAUCAAGCAUGGCCAAGUCUAUGAAAUGCACUUGAAUGAUGCGGCUCGAAGAUGUGGCCUCUUUAACAGUUAUCCCGAUGCAUUCAGAUCCACCAGAUACCAUUCGUUGCACGUUAAUGCUGAAGGCGUCGACACCCUUCUACCUUUAUGUUCGACUGAAGAUGAGAACGGAACUCUUUUAAUGAGUGCCCAAGUCAAAGAUAGACCAUGGUUUGGUGUACAGUACCAUCCGGAGUCAUGUUGCUCAGAAUUAGGAGGCUUGUUAGUAAGAAACUUUCUUAAGCUGAGCCUUGAAAACAACAUAAGUACAGGAAGGUGGGAGAGCAGGCGACUUAAUGGUAAGUUUUCCGAUAUCUUAUCCCGAUUGGAUAAAACUAUCAAUAGGGACCCCAUAUACAAGAUCAAAGAAAAGUAUGCCACUGGAGAUGACGUGAUCUACGUGAAACAAUUCGAAGUCUCUAAAGAUCCAAAAUUAACGUUCAAUAUUUGUGAUAUCAUUGAAGAGCCAAAAUUCGUUAUGUCAUCAUCGGUUAUUAGUGAAAAUAGAGGCGAAUGGUCCAUCAUUGCAUUGCCAGAUUCCAAAUCUCAGGUAUUCACCCAUUACGGCGCUGUCAACAAGACUACGAUUCAUAAUUGGCAAGAUAAACAAAUUAGUUAUUCUCUGUUGAAGAAGUGUCUGGAUGGCCAGGAUGUGGACUUGCCUGGUUCUCUCACGGUCAUAAAUGAGGAUAAGUCUCAAUUUUGGAUUACCUUGGGAAAAUUCAUGGAGAACAAAAUAAUUGACAAUCGUAAGGAAAUUCCAUUUAUCGGAGGGCUGGUAGGCAUUCUAGGUUAUGAAAUAGGCCAGUACCUUUCAUGCAGCCAUCGUACUAAUGAUGAAAAUUCGCUUGUCCCAGAUGCGAAACUGGUUUUCAUCAACAAUAGCGUAGUUAUCAACCAUAAGGAAGGAAAGCUUUAUUGCAUUUCUCUAGAUAAUACGUUUUCUGAGACCAUUGAACAACUACUGGUUCAUAGCUUCGUGGACAGGAAGGAUAUCAAGCAAGAUCUACCGUGGCCGAAGCAUUUGCCGGAGGGGACUGACUUUACGAUUACAAUGCCUGAUAAGCAAGAUUAUGCAGACGCAUUUGAAAAAUGCCAGAGUUAUAUGCAUAAGGGUGAUUCCUAUGAAAUGUGUCUUACCACGCAAACUAAAGUGGUACCAUCUACAGUGUUGGAGCCCUGGAGGAUCUUCCAAACUUUAGUUCAAAAAAACCCUGCUCCAUUUUCGAGUUUUUUUGAAUUCAACGAUAUUGCCCCCAAUAAAGAUGAAAAGCCUCCCGUUCUAUGCUUCUUAAGCACCUCGCCUGAGAGAUUUCUAAAGUGGGACGCAGAUACGUGUGAACUACRUCCCAUCAAGGGAACCGUGAAAAAGGGACCGCAGAUGGACCUAACUAAGGCCACAAAGAUUUUGAAGACACCCAAGGAGUUUGGCGAGAAUCUAAUGAUCUUGGACUUGAUCCGAAAUGACCUUUAUGAGCUCGUUCCUGACGUCCGUGUUGAAGAGUUCAUGUCCGUGGAGGAAUACGCCACUGUCUACCAACUCGUCAGUGUGGUGAAGGCGCACGGACUAACCUCUGCCAGCAAGAAAACAAGAUACUCAGGAAUGGAUAUCCUCAAGCAUUCGCUGCCCCCGGGAUCCAUGACGGGUGCGCCUAAGAAGAUCACUGUGCAACUGUUACAAGACGAGUUAGAAAAUAAACUAAACAAACACGUCAACGGCGGAGCACGCGGUGUCUACAGUGGGGUCACAGGCUACUGGUCCGUGAACUCCAACGGUGACUGGUCCGUCAACAUCAGGUGCAUGUACUCCUACAACGGCGGAGCUAGCUGGCAAUUGGGGGCCGGCGGAGCCAUCACCGUUCUGAGCACACUGGACGGCGAACUAGAAGAGAUGUACACCAAGCUUGAGAGCAACCUGCAAGUCUUCAUGUAG